GAGCUGAAACUUAAACACAACCAGCUGGCGGCUUUCAUUACCAUGCUGAGGGAUGUGCUCAGUCAACAAAGACAACUUUGUCAGGACCCAUUGUGCUUCAACUUUGCAGAAUGUAAGAAAAUGUUGACAAACCUACUGAGACAUAAAUGUCUUUAAAUGUGAAAUUAAAACAUGUAUAAGGGACAUAAUUUACUUAAGGGUCGUUUGCAUAUUACGUCACACUCAAAAUGACCUUUUCAGACCCCCCUCCCCUCAUCAUAAAGUGUCAGAAAUUCUUUACCACCAACUUCGUGUAACGUAACACCUAAAAAAAUCCAAAACAAGCAUAAAAUUUCAUAACUAAACUAAGAUUUUAUUUUAUUCGUUAACAUUUUCUCAUAAGGGAUUAAGAUGCAGUAUUAUUAAAAAACUGUGACGUAAAAUGCAAAACAAAGUCAUCACCGAGCCAAAAGUAAAAUGGCCACAUCAGUUAAUGCGUCAUUUUUUUUACCUAUAAUACCAGAGGCAAUUUCGACAUAGAAAAUGAAUGUUUUUAAAAUUAAUUGAAUAAAGAGUUUUUAAAAUUAGAACAUUUUAGAUUGUUUGACUUUCUUUAUUUUGUGACGCCAUAAAUUUUUUACCCCCCUCCCCUGUCCCAAGUGUCACAAAUCCCCCCCCCCCACCACCCCCAAAUGUGACGUAAUUUGUGAACGACCCCUUACCCUUUUAAGAUUUAAGAAUAAAGAGUUUUUAAAAUUAGAACAUUUUAGAUUGUUUGACUUUCUUUAUUUUGUGACGCCAAAAAUUUUUUCCACCCCUCCCCUGUCCCAAGUGUCACAAAUCCCCCCCCCCCCACCACCCCCAAAUGUGACGUAAUUUGUGAACGACCCCUUACCCUUUUAAGAUUUAAGUUAUAGACUCAAAUUUUGAAUUAUGUUUUUCAACUCCAACCUAAAUCCCUAGAUUAAAUUGACCCAAUCAUGUUUGAGUGUCACUACUGUCAGGUUCAUCGUGACAUGAUGGAUGUGACAGUUCUGAUGUCAAUCCAGUACCUGAUAGAGGAUUGUAACGACACACCCAGUGUGAAGUCAACACUUCUGCAACACAUCUACCACUACAUCCUGUUUGACUUCUCAAUG